UUUUCUGUCCCUACCCGCAUUCUAAAAUCCUUGACUUCUAUUCUUAAUUUUCCAUUCUUCACUUCCAAUGUACCAUCCGAUCAACAACAAGCUCAGCCUUUCGGCGGAAACUCCCGAAUAUCCUUCAGGGCGCUUUCUUUUCUUAAACCCUACAUCGUGAUUUUAUCGUGCCAUUUUUGUUUUCAAUACAAGCUGUGACCAGGGCGGCGCAACAGGGCAUGUCAUUGCCAUCAAGCGAUCUGCUACUUGAGAACCAUCUUCGUCACGCAAGGUAUAUCUCUGAGAUCUUAGAUCGCAACAUGACUUCGUCAGCGUCGACGACAAAAUCAAUGAAGCAUCCUUUCAUGCGGCAGGUUGAGGAGCUUAAAACACCUAAGAGUGAUAUUAAUGCUUUGAUACUCGAUUACCUGACCGUUGCUGGCUAUCCUAAUGCUGCAGCAAAAUUUUCAACAGAAGCGAAUCUAUCACCUCAACAACCCUCAUCCAGUAUCUAUGCAAGACAACAGAUCCAGACAUUUAUACAUAGGGGGGAGAUCGAAAAUGCUUUACAUGCUUUAAAUGAUCUCGAUCCUUCGAUACUGGACGAAGAUGAACCACUCCACUUCGCGCUUCUUCGGCUCCAACUAGUGGAGUUAAUCCGAAAAUCCCGGCCAGGCGGGGACAUCGGCCCGGCCUUGGAAUUUGCGCAAACUCAACUGGGACCCAAGGCUCCGCGCACGCCGCAGUUUUUGGAGGACCUAGAAAAGACAAUGUCCCUUCUCGUGUUUGAUCACGACAAUCUAGAUCCUACUUUGUCGGCGCUUCUGCGGCCAGGUCUUCGACGGGAUGUUGCGGACAAAGUUAAUAAAGCGAUUCUAGAACGUCAGAAGCAACGGAGAGAAGCUGCUAUUCGUCAUUUAGUGCAAAUGAGAGCCUGGAGUGAAGAAAUGGUCCGCAAGGAAAGCAAGAAAGAUCUUCCUUCACGCAUCGACUUAGGCUUAGAUGGUGAUGACUCUGAUAGAUUCAGAGUGGAGAAUGGCCACGAGUCGAUGAUUAUGACGCAGUAGAUCACUGAUAUUAUCCUUUUUGUGUUGUCGAUAUUUUCUCGGCCAAGCAAUUCGAAUGAAAGCGGCUCCUGGAUGGGGCGUGCGAAGGGAAGGCGUUUUGUAUCAGGCAUUUAUUAAGUUUUUCUAGGCGUUACGGGAUUAUGGAGCGGUAUCAGGAGUUGGAGGUUCAUCGGUCCUGAGUACACAAUACUUGUUAGGCGUUUAAGGUUCUAGGUUGAUAGUACUCAAGGGGGGUCUAUACCUAGACAUAUGCGGGGCUUUUAUGAUCACUUCAAGGCAUGAUCCACAAUAGAUCUGUUAGGGAAACAAGGGCGCAUCAUUGAGAUUACGACUGUCGUAUGGAUGGCAUCAUGGCCAGGAAUACUCGAGAUACCAUUUUUUAUAAAUAUAUGUACAAAACCA